CUGGAAAGUGACGAAUUGGUAUUGAAUGUGAUAUCGUUUGCCUUGGAUGACAUCAAGUCCUAGGCUUCUCUUGCCUUGUUGCCGUGCCUGGUGACUCAAAGUCUACGAGUCGUGCGGCUCGGUCCUUCGAAGAUGGCUAUAAAGCUCCCGGUUCCAAUCAGUGGCCGAGGAAAUAUUUGAAGCCUCAAGACAUUAAACCAAAGCCUCUUUCUCUCUCUUUCCCUCGGACAUUCUCUCUUCUUUCUAAGAGGUUGAGUUAUCGACAUCGUCUAGUCACAAACAUCAUCUAAUUACAUACAUCAUCGAGUCUUACGCAUCAUCGAGUCAAACAAGUCCAGACUCUAGACACUUAGAUCUACCUCACCAAAUCCAUCCAUCAUGGCGUCCUCACUCACCGAGAAACCCACCACCACCCAACAAUCCACAAUCCAAAUACCAGAUUUCCUAGCAGACUGGCGUCAAACCGCAAGCUGGCCAUCCCCGUACCCCCCAACCCGCCACCCAGACUCCGACUACAUCAAAUCCGAAUCCGAAAGCUGGCUACGAAGCUACUGCUGCACUUCUUCCACCAACCCAAACUCCAUCAACAAGGGCAUCAACGACCUCUUCAUCUCCAAAAUCAUCGCCGGCGACUUCCCCGAAAUCGCAUGCCUCAUCUACGCCCAUCAACCCACUCGCCACGUCCUCCUCGCCGCGCUCGUCAUGCUCCACUUCUUUGUCAUUGACGAGUUUACGGACAAUGUCGAGAAUACGGUGGACGGCGAGCGGCAGGUGAGGAGGCAGUCUGCCGCCAUGGUCCGCGCGUUUCGGCAUCCCGAGGAGAUCGAGGUCUCCUCGGCCACGGGGGAAUAUAAAGAAGUGUGGGUUGGCGUCCGGAUGGCGGCCGACAUUGCGCUGCGCUACCGCAGCGACGCGGUAGGCGGCACAUCCGACUCGUGGGAUUUCUUUGUGGAUAGUUUUGCAGAGUACCUCGACGGCGUGGGCGACGAGGUGGCGCUCCGGAGGAAGGUGGACGGGAAGGGCGAAGAGUGCGUGCCGAGCCGGGAGGGGUACAUUGCCGUUCGGCGCCUUACCAUCGGUGUCUUGCCGGGCAUGGCGCUCCUCCUCAUCGACCGCGCGAUCCGUCCCAACUUUUUGCAGAUUCCUGCCGUGGAUUCGCUGUUGCGUCUCUGCGUCGACAUCAUCAUCAACCAGAACGAUAUCUACAGCUUCGAUAAAGAGCAGGCCAAGGGGGAGGACGGGCAUAACGGUGUAAGGGUCCUCAUGGAGGAGGACGGGGUUGGUGUGCAGGAGGCCAUGACGAAGUUGGGACAGGAGACAAAGGUACUAGUGAGGGACUUCGUGGGCUUGGUUGAGGAUUCCCCGACGUUGGAGAACGAGGUUGAUGGUACGAAUUUGAGAAUCUUGCGGGACGGGUGCGUUUCGUGGAUCUUGGGGAUGGAAGUUUGGUCUACGCUGGUUACGAAGCGGUAUGGGAUGCAGAGGUUGGAUGGGGAGAGAAGGUAUACGCCUACACCGAAGAAGGUAAAGGCGCAGGUGAAGGAGCAGGAGCAGCAGCAAAAGGAGCAAAGGCAACAAGCACCGCUGGCUCGGGAGGGUAUGAUGAGUUUGAUGAGGAAGUUGCCGGGAGAUUUGAUGUCUCUGCUGAGGAGGAUUCUUGGUAUGUAGAGCGAUCUGACGUUAUUGGUCGGCGUUGUGAUGUAAAAGAAUUGCCCUGUCUAGAAAAUCUGAGUUUAGUGUAUAUGAUCUCCGUCAUUGAAUGGUAUUUGAAAGACGACAUGAGCUCAGCCCCAGCCUCAGAUCUAGAGACAAGACUUGAUCCAGAUCAAAACCACCACACGAGGGCGGAGCCAGCGCCACACCCGUCACACCCGUGAUAAACACGCCCAGAUCUCACGCGACGAUGAAAGAAGUUGUUAUGUAUAUAUGUCUUGAACAAAUUGAAAAAGAAAGAAAAAAAGAUAUGGGGUAUCGAGUUUGUAUGACUAACACAAAAAGGCCUAGGCCAAAACGACGGGAACACCAGCACGAUGGUGACAAAGGCACAACACACACACACACACACACACACACACA